ACGAGACUGCUCAUUUAAACUGUAUGCCAGGCGGAUGGAAUGCGCUCUCAGAGCAUCUCGCGGUUAACUUUGGACUCUGUGUGGGGACUCGUUGACCGUGCGCGCAUGGGUUCCGUGACAGGUUGUAAAGAAGGAAUUCCAACACUAUUUUUAAAGCCACACGCGGAUCUGGGGGCGUGGACCGCUCGAGCACAGACCGUUUGGUUCGAGGAACAUUUUAAUGUGACUGUUGGAUGUGGAUUGUCGUACCGCUCUACCGGCUUGGAGUGCCCCGGCAUACCCAAAGCAUUUGGACACAACACGGUCCGAGCUGUCGCUCUCGUUGGUUCGGGAUUGCUUUGAGUUUAAAAUGAUAUUUUCUGUCAAUUUCCCUGUCAUUGGAAUACGUACAUUUUGCUCCGAUUGAGGGUUUACAAGAGUGAGGGCGGCGUGGAAGGAAUAGGCUACUACAGCGGGAGCAAAGCGUCUCCAAAUGGCGCAACGUUGGAACGUUUAUGAUUACAUAUAACUAAACCAAUUACUGAAUACGGUAACACUUUCUAAUCGGUCUAAAUCUGGAACAAUUCUUGGUUUUAAAUAAUGAUUUUUUUUCUUUGCCUAAAGUGAUUGUUUACCGUGAACCUGGCAUGUCAAUAUGGGCGAGUAACAUCGAUGGCAAAUGACAUCGGGGAUUUGAGCGCUAUCACUGCAUCCACUGAACUCAUCUCCGUCUGCAAAUAUUGGCAUGUGUCAAAGGAUAUCAGUGUAUUUCGUUUCACUGACCUUUUUCACCAAACGGGUUUAUUGGAUGUUAUCACAGAAUAACGGGAGACCAUAUAUUCCAUAGUCCCUAUAAAAAAUAAUAGAAUUUUGAACUACGUAGUCUACAGUUUAGGCUAUUAUUUUUGAGUCAUGGAUUCUAACAUUUGCAUUGUCCUUUCUUCGUGUGUUCCUGACAAUUAGACUGCAUCAAUUGCGAAGAUACUGCCAUUUUCAUUUGCAUUUAACAAUGAGAUUUAAAAUCCGUUUGGGGAAGUAGUUAUUGGUGGUGUUCUGUUCUGCACUCUUUACAUUCGCCUAUUUACAGUAGCUACAACACCCAAACAUGACAAGCACCGGACCUGUCAUCGUGUUUGAGUGGCUGAAGACCCUCCAGCUCUCUCAGUAUGUGGAGUCCUUCGUGGAUAACGGCUACGAUGAUCUGGAAGUUUGCAAACAAAUUGGAGACCCCGACCUGGAUGCUAUCGGUGUCUACAUACCGCACCACCGGCAAAGGAUCCACGACGCGGUGCAAAGGCUGAAAGACGACGAGAAGGAGACUGAGGCGGGGCUGUAUUUUACACUUGAGCCGAUGCCCCCCGCGUCCGAAAUGUGUCCUAGUCAUCUGGUGGACCAGUACGAGUCUAAACUCCGGGGGUCCAAGUCUUGGACCGAACCGAAUAGUGACCGGGUCGGGAGGAAUGGGGGCGCGUAUCUGGGCGCGCAGAGGAACCUGACGCUUGGAAACCGGAGGGAGCUGGUGAUUUACCCCAAAUUGAAGCUGAAGAUCAUGAUUAGGGAUAAAGUCAUCAGAGAUGGAGUCAACCUUGCCAGGCCACCAUACUCAAACAAGGAUGGUUCUCUGGGGAACAUUGAUGACCUGGCCCAGGAGUAUUCUGAGUACUACAACACCUCAUUCAGUGACGUCAGCGACCGCAUGGAGGAGCUACGCAAGAGACGUGUGUCCCAGGACCUCGACAUGGAGAAAGUUGACACAAGCCCCACCUCUCUGCAGCUACGCUCGGAGAUUCAGGAGUCCCUUGGUUUCAGCAGUGAGGUGUCCACUCCAGAGACAGAGAGAAAAAUGUCUCUGCACAAGUCCAGCUCUGAAGACGGCUCCGGAGGUAAAUGGGACAAUAAGAAGAAGAACAAAUCCUUCUGGCAGAAUUUCCGCAAGACAUCUCAGAAGGGAGUCAUGCAGCAGACGUCAAAAGGAGAGGACAUAGGCUACGUGGCCAGUGAGAUCACCAUGAGUGAUGAAGAGCGCAUCCAGCUGAUGAUGAUGGUGAAGGAGAAAAUGAUCACUGUAGAAGAGGCUUUGGCUCGGCUGAAGGAGUAUGAGAACCAUAGCAGACAGUCCAGCAGUACUGACACUGCAGAGUGGACUGAUGGAUCCACUCCCAAUCUAAACCAGUCCUCAAACUGCAAAUCUCGGGAGCAGUCUGAUGAUGAGCAGACAGAGGACUCAAUGAAGUUCAAACGGCUCCACAAGCUGGUCAACUCUACCCGCCGCGUCAGGAAGAAACUCAUCAAGGUGGAGGAGGGCAAGAAACACGGCUCCGAAGAUUCUCUGAGCUUGGAGGCAUCUCCUACCUGUGAGGACAACACAGCCUUGUACACAGGGGUCCUGAAGAAGUCCAGCCUGCCCCAGGAUGCCUCCAUGUCCUCCCUGACCCAGGACCAGCUCUCUCUGGAUGGGGACACAGACAGCUUGACCACCUCCCCUUCCUCCAGCAGCCUGGACACUACCUGGUCCGGACACAAGCUGGUCAAGGCCUUCUCUAAGUCCAGCAGCACCCACGGCCUCAUCCGGCCUCCCAGGAGACUCGCUGCUGGGUCUGAGGGUUUGGGAGCCGUCGGGGUGGGAGGUAGUGGAUCCUCCUUCUCAGAGCUGGACGGCUGUGGUGCCGAGGCCGAAGAGAAGGUGUCGCACUCCAUGACGGAGGGCGAGAUGCGGAAAGCUCUGACCUCUCUCUCCCAUGGGGUAAGUAAUGACACACUCUACGGUUUCUACGGCCUCACUCGGCCACGCCCCAAACCACACCCCCAGCCCUGCCUCCUUGUUGCCCUCGAUGAUGUCUCCCAGGGUAGCCCCAAACCCGCCCGUCACCACACCAGCUGGCUCAGGAAGCCUGACCCCAAUUACGCCUACUCCACCAAACACCUGCUCUACCAGCGCUCCCGGAACUGUGUCAAAACACCAGGGGUGCCCUCCUCCUGUUCCUCCCCCUCGCCCCCCGCCCGCUGUGACCUGGCCAAGGCUAAGGGUGGUACGCUGGGUGGAGGGGGGUGUGGGGGCUGGGCAUUCCCCCCUCGCAGGCUCCGCGGCCGGACGGCGGUGAGCGAACUGAACAUCACGUACGUGGUGGAGCGCAGCCUCUACGGCCACCUCAACUGGGCCCAGCUGGUCCGGCCCGUCACCCUCAGCCGUGCCGAGCGCCGCUGCCUGUUGGAGGAGGACAGGGAGGCGGACAGGAAGUGGGCGGCCAGCGUGGACCGCUGCACCAAGCGCGUGCUCUUACGCAUCCAGCAGAAGUCUAGGACAUGUAGUUUUGGAGGGUUUGACCUGUCCAACAGGUCACUCCAUGUGGUCAGUGCAGGCUCAGAGCACAAUAGUAAGGAUCCAGAGGCUGUAUACCGGGAGGUCGUCAAGUCUCCCAACACGUCUCGUAUCUCUCUGGGGAAGAAAGUCAAGUCCGUCAAAGAGACCAUGAGAAAACGCAUGUCUAAGAAGUACAGCAGCUCACUGUCUGAACAGUCGAGCCCAGAUGGGACUCCCAGCUCCCCCCAGUCCCCUCAGCCAGACACAGACUCUCUGGAGAAACCCAAGCUAAAGGCUGGAGGAUCAGUGGAGAGCCUCCGGAGCUCUCUCAGUGGACAAAGCUCCAUGAGUGGUCAGACGGUCAGCACCACAGACUCGUCAGCCAGUAACAGAGAGAGUGUUAAGUCUGAGGAUGGAGAUGACGAGGAGCCUCCCUACAGAGGGCCCUUCUGUGGCAGGGCGCGAGUACACACUGACUUCACCCCUAGCCCCUACGAUUCCGAUUCCCUCAAACUAAAGAAAGGGGAUGUGAUCGACAUCAUCAGUAAGCCACCCAUGGGGACGUGGAUGGGCCUGCUCAAUAACAAGGUGGGCACCUUUAAGUUCAUCUAUGUGGACGUGCUGAGUGAGGAGGAGGAGAAGCCCAAGAGACCCGUGAGGAGAAGGAGGAAGGGCAGACCUCCCAAACCCACCUCUGUAGAAGAGCUGCUGGAACGCAUCAACCUCAAGGAGCACAUGCCUACCUUCUUGUUUAACGGUUAUGAGGACCUGGACACCUUCAAGCUGCUGGAGGGGGAGGAUCUAGAUGAGCUCAACAUCAAAGACCCUCAACACAGAGCUGUGCUGCUCACCGCUGUGGAGCUACUGCAAGAGUAUGACAGCAGCAGCGACCCUGAGCGGAGCGGCCUGUCAGGCUCUCAGGAGAAACUGCUAUCAGAGGGCCACAUCCUGGUGGGCGACUCACCACGUGACUCCGGCUGCUAUGAGAGCAAUGAGAACCUGGAGAAUGGCAAGACCAGGAAGACAUCUCGCUCCAACCGCUCCUCUGCGGGCCUCCAAUCCCCAGACUACCCCACCCUGCCCAUGACCCAGUCUACUGAGGCCCUGCAGCAGAGCAAACUGGAGCGCACAGCCAAGUUCACAAAGCACUUCUUCCUCAAGCCCACCCUGAGGGGCUUCAGCCUGCUGGGGCUGAGGAAGGGCCCCCGCCGGAGCCCCAUGCCGGCCAGCCGCAGCUGUGAGGACGUGGACGGGCCCCCGGAGGCUACCGGGCCCCAGGCCUGGAAGAGAUCCCACUCCCUCGGGGACCUCCACUGGGAGCAGGCCUUCGACCAGAAGAAGGACUACAGCCUGGAGCUUAAGCCCGCUAAAGGUGUCUCCAAGUCGGGUAACAGCAGCAGGGUGAAGGGCCUCCAGGGUCAUGGAGAUGGGAGUUCAUCACUGGCUCAGAAUGGAGGGAGUGCUGUGAGCCCCAAAGGGCGUUCUGACCAACCCCCUGUGCCCUCCCAGCUGCCCCUCAGACCCCCCUGUCCCACCGCCCCGCUUCCCCAGCCCCAGGAGACCCUCCCCAGCCCCCUCCCCAGCCCUCCUGAACCCCAGCUGAGGGAGAGGAGCAACCGGACUCACCCCAAAAAGCCCCCAGUCCCCCCUCCCGUUCCAGUCAAGAAAUCCAAGGAGCGCCUGGCCAAUGGGAUACGCCACCGCUCCCUUGUCCUUUCCUCCCCCACUCAUUCCUAUACUUCCACCCACUCUCAUUCCCCCAGCCCUGUCAUCAGCAGCCCCAGUGCCCCAGCCCUCCCCAGUAAGGCCUCCAGUACCCCUGCCUCCCCCUCUCCAGCCUCCCCUGCCUCCACCACCACCUGCUGUCCAGAGCCAGAGGAACCAGGCACCCCCCCAGCCGUGCCCCCUCCCUGGCUGUCUGACCUGCCCGAGGCGGCCUGCCCUCAGGCUCAGAUCCAGGGCGGUGGUGGCAAGAUGGCGGUGGCCAGGAAGGUGUCCUAUGCUAAAAUGGCAGUCGAUCUCCACAGUGUGCUGGAGCAGAGACUGGAGGCCGAGGGCAUCGACCUCACAGAGGAACCCUACUCAGACAAACAUGGUCGGUGUGGUAUCCCCCAGCCCCUGAUGCAGCGCUACAGUGAGGACUUGGAGCAGCCAGUGAAGGAUGUGGCAUCCAACAUGGACCAGGUUCGCGUCAAGCAGCUCCGUAAGCAGCACCGCAUGGCUAUCCCGUUUGGAGGUUUGACAGAGAUGUGCAGGAAGCCGCUCUCCCCAGGUCACGUGAGCACCGUCUCUGAUUGGCUCGUGUCCAUCGGCCUACCCAUGUACGCCACACCGAUGGCAGCUGCGGGAUAUGACACGUUGGGACGUGUGUCCUCUCUCACAGAGAGCGGUGUGUGGGAAGUGGGGGUGCGGGACGAGAGGCACGUCCGUAGACUUGUGAGCGAGGCCCGAUUGGUCAGCGCACACAGAGACGGACAGUCGUAACCGUGACAGUGGAGCCCAUGCAGGUGUAACUGAGACAGUUGAACGGCUACGGGAAACAGUUGAGACUAAAGCACAGUUGAGACUAAAGCACAGUUGAGACAAAAGCACAGUUGCAAAUAAAUGCAGAACUGAAUAACUGUGAACGUGACCACAGCACAGCUUCCAGCACCUAUUGAGACUUUUGACUGGACUACGGAGUGCGGGUGGUUUGCAGUUGCAGCCCAGCUAACGCUUGAGACUUUUGACUGGACUACGGAGUGCGGGUGGUUUGCAGUUGCAGCCCAGCUAACGCUUGAGACUUUUGACUGGACUACGGAGUGCGGGUGGUUUGCAGUUGCAGCCCAGCUAACGCUUGAGACUUAUGAGCAGCAACCUGCUCUUAGGCCCCCGUCUUUAUCAAUCUGUCUCUCUCUCUUUCUAUUCCUCUCUUUCAGAUGUUUACGGUGAGAUUGUUCCGACUGCCGAGAACAGUUAUCAGAUGCCUUUAAAACUGACUGUUCCCUUCUGAAACAUCCCCCCCCAGUCUUAAAAUACUGAGAACUGCCUUUGAGGAAAUUAGCACACUUUUCUUACUCUUUUUUUGACUCUCCUUUUAAAGACUAAAUGAUGUUUUUUUCUGUGUUUCAGAAGUGCUUGAUUUGUAUCUCUUGUGCAAAUAGAAAAGCACUAGAGAGUAGUGAGAGGAUGUAGCUUGGCCAAAGCAAUUUCUUUCAAUGUGCAGAUUUCACCUUUGUCGUUAAUCCCAUUGCUAAAUGCUACAGUAGAUUGGAGAACAUGGUUUAUUGCAGAUAACACAACAACAACAAAUAACACAAAACAUGAAAUAGGCAAGAUUGCUGUUAUAUUAAGAUUUAAAAUCCUUAUUUUCUAUCAUGCUAUAGUGUUUUUGUAAUAUACUGAACCAUAUAUUUUAAUUUCAAGGUGUUUUUACAGUAUGUGUACAAUAAGUAUUGUGUGUCUGCUUUGUGGAAUGUCAAAGUCUGAAUGUCAGUCAUUGUAAGUAUAAACAGUCAGACAGAUCUCGACAUGAGUUUAUACAGUAUUUCAGAUUAUAUUGCAGAUUUCUUGGUUGCAUGUAAUCCUCCAAUAUGUAGGUCCUUACAACAACACUAUCUACACAGUACUGCUCUAAUAAUCUUACAUGGGAGAUCAGCUUUUCUUUGCAGACAAUAUCGUCUCCAUAUAUCUAUCCAGGCGGAUUUUAAGUUGCCUUACCAUUAUGUAAAAAAAAACAAUUAGAUUAAUACGUAUUCAUGUACUCAGCAUUAUAAAUACAGCAGGCAUUUCAACCCCCAUCUUUGACUAAGGCUUGAUUCCUCAAAGCCUCACCGGGCCAAUAUGUUUUGAAUGUGCUUGUAAUGACAGUGAUUGUUAGUAGAAGACACACACACAUGCACACACACGCGAGCAGCCACAUAGCUCUGUCGGUAGUGUCCUUGCUGUUCUUGUUAAGCACAGAUGUUGAUCCACAUGAAGUCUAAUUUAAACACAGUGUUCCAUGUUCAACGGCCAGCCAUAGACCAGCUCAGUACUGUAGACCACAGAGACAGACUGAGACAUGAUGUAGAUGAUCCACUCAGAAGGAGGGGCAAAGAGGAGUGCUACAGCUGUUCCACAGAGACCCAGCUAACAGCUGGUUUAUCAUGUCCGUCUGAGCCUCUCUUGGAAGAACAAGAACAAGAAGGGGGGUGUCUUAGAGAGAGACACAGUCAGGGAGUACAGAUGAGAAUGGGAAUGGACUGAAUCUCCAUUCACUGACCAGCAGACCAGACCUGUGAGUCCCUAGCAGUGGAUUCCUAGUCCAAGACCGGUGUGAAUGGAACCACCUUUGUAAUGUUAUUCUAGUUAUGUGAAGUACUACAUAUUGCAAACAAUAUUCAAGUCUUAUCCCUUGUCUCGGGUUUCAAAAUACAAGUUUGCAGAGUGGUGUAACGCAGGGGUGCUUUUGCAGUGGACACUCGAUAGAAGUUUGAUGCCUUUUCUCUUCAAUCAUAGUGGAGCUCCAGGUUAGCCUGGGAGACACUUGUAGGCGGAGUUUUUAAAGAAACAAAAAUACCUAAAAUUUAAGAUGUAAAAAAUACUGUCACUGUAAAAUGCACUUUAGAAAGUAAAUAAAAAAUGUUUAAGCAAAAUUGGCAAAAUGUUCUUUAAGUCUGUAAGCAGACAUUUGUUUUCAGGUAAUGUAAAGGGUUUGAUUGAAUGGGUUAUACUGGUAUUUAGUUAUCUUAGUAUAGUUCCCAAUGCCAAGUCAAUGUACAAAUGUAAUUAAUAAUAAUUCAUGAAUUAACCUGUUCCAAUUACUUAACUUCCAAUUUACUUUUGCAGUCUUACAGAAAACGUAAUUACAUAUAUGAAAUGGUUAACAAGAGUUGCACAUUCUGUAUAUGUAAUUAGUAUUUAAAUAACUUAUUUUGGGGCUUUUCAUAUCAACUGUAAUUACUAUACAAAUAGCAAUACCUUCCUGCAAAUUGCAUUAGCCAGUGAAAAGCUACAGUGUUUAUUGUAAAAUAUAAGUGUACAAAUGAUUUAAUUUGGUUUCAACUAGCUAAUGAUUGUCUAUAAAGAUAUUCUUGUGUAUUGAAACAAAAAAUGAUGUCUAACUAUUUGUCAUUCUGAAAUAUAAUAAAAACGCUAUCGCCA